AUGCCUUUGACUCCUGUUGCCCACUCCGUUCUCUACCUGUUCAAAGCUGCUGCUAUGAACAAGUUGCACCCAUUAACCUGCCCUCCCUGGACAAGCAAUGGUAGUGAGGACUAUUACAAUGUUGAGAUUGAUGUAGUUGGCAACAGUGAGCCACAGUUGGAUUCAAGCAAGGAACUGGGCCUCACCAUGCCCAAGUCUUCAAUUGCCUCAAUCACCAGAAAUUGCCAGAAGGCACUUGGGCUCCAUGAAUGUCAGGCUGCAGAACACUUCCUGCAAUAUUUCUGGGAUACCUGGAAGGCGGAUUAUGUGAGGAAGAUACCAAUCCGCAAGACAAUCAAGUCCACUACUCAAGGCAAGAAAGGUGGCCUGGACCCUUAUGGGUAUGCUGCGUAUCACAACCUGGUAUUGGCUGCAAUCAACAGGAAGGGCAGUGUCAUGAAUCAAGUGGAGGAGACUUUGGGAAAGAUUGGGGCUACUCCUGCCAAUCUCUGGAAGGAUGACAGAAGCUUAAACAGGCAGGAAUGUCCAGCUACCAAGCGUGUUCUUGAGCAUCAGGUGCCUAUAGCUGACACCCAUGCAAGGCUGGAAGAACAAGAUGUGCAAGCAGCUUUAUGCUCAAAGGCUCAGAUCCCCAAGGCAUUGCAUGACGCAACAAGGGCUUUGACUGAUUGGCAGAAGAUAGCAAUAGGGACAAAGGAGGUUGAUGAGCUUCACUUCCUGUCCAGGAAAAGUACACUGAAGCAGUUAUGGUCAAGUCUUGGGUUUGGAAGUCUUGAGGAUGAUCUGACAGCGUCAAAAUCUAAAAGCAAGUCAACUCAAGAUGGUCCAAGCAAAGAAGAAAUGCAGGCUGCCUAUGCUUACUAUGUUGAGGAGUACUGCUAUGGAGUUGGCUGUCUUGACAAGUCCAAGCUUCCUAUCCCUACAGUUGGUGUCUCUGGUCUCCACAGUUUGGUGGAUGGGUGCAAGAAUAUUGGGGUAUUGCAUCUCAAGUCCUUGUCCACAGAGGUUUUGUGGGCCCAGCUAGGACUGCCAGGUGUGGAUCAGUUCCCGUUUGCAGAGCCUGGCACUGGUGAAAGUGCCAAAGACAUGGCUCCACUGGCCAAAACUUGUGCAGUGCCAUUUUGGCAUCAAGUGGCGGACUUCUACUACUAUCUAAUGCAAGGGGGCCUGAGGCCUGGGAGGUGUGUGCAAAUCAUUGGAGUCAUUAGCAUGAUCCAACAUUACUAUAAGCAACAGGAACUGCCAGCCAAAGAGCGUCUUGCAACACCCAUGUUUAUCCAAGAGCAAAGCUUGCCAUACUUUGCAGGCCAAAAGACCAUACCAAAUUUGCCAUCAAUUGUCAUUACUCUGCAGAUGCUUGGCAAUCAAUGGAUGGAGCAAUGGAAGAAGUUUACCCAGCUUGGUAGUUUUGUUCCUGUCCAGUACUCAGUUGAGAGUGGCACCCUUGAGAGCUUCUGCAGUGACCCAAGAGGUCCAUUCCACGCAGCGGCUGGACAAGACUUGGAGCAUGCAGGGCAAGUGGUUAUCAUUGCAGACCUAUUGGCUAUUGCAAAGGAAGCCAAACAGUGCUUACAGCUCCCUCCUGCAUUCAAGGGUAAAGAUGCAAGGGAGUACAAAGCUAAGGGCAAGACACCUGCUUUCAAGGCAGGGAUCAGCAAUGGAGGCUCACUCUUUGGAAUGCGCUUUUGGGUGGCAGCUGUGGACAAGAUACACAAUCUCCAAAACAGCAGUCACACUCAACAAGGGGUUCAGCUCAUUACUCAGUCCUUGUCCUUGGUGAUUGGAGCAACCACCACACCAUUGCUUACGUUGCUCAAAUGCCUGCUUGCUCUUGGACAAAACCUGCGCUACCAGCCAUUGCUUGGUGAGCAAGGAGUUCAGGUCUGGAACAAGAUGCAGGAAAUGCUGUCAACUGGUAAUGAAAGUUGGAGGCUUACAAGCACAGCGGUAAUUCAAGCCACAGUAGAAAGGGAGCUUCAAGCGGCACUUUUACUUGCCAAAAUUCCCUUGUACAACCCCUGCGCUGCUAAGAUCAAGGAAAAACUGGAAAGCAAGUACCAGGCUGAGGACCAGCAGAGCAUCCUCCAUAUGAUUCAUGUCUCAAAGCAGCCACUAAACAUGUUGCGCUUGCUUCUCCCCAUCAUGAUUUGUUGCACAAAUGAGUCCUUAGACUAUUUGGGCAGACAAAUCUUGGAUCUCCUGUUUGUACAGAAGUUCAUUGCUUGGGCACCCAUGAAUGAAGAAGAGAAGGAAAUGCAACAGAUCAUCAAUCAAGAGCACACACAGCAGAAGAGCAAAAUAUAUAAUCUCCUGUCUCCGUAUUCUAUCACACAACAACUGACUUUGUUGAUGAUUCAUAACAAAACAAAACUGGUGCAAAAGGCCAAGGCUGCCAAGAGACAAAAAAGAAAGCAAGUGCAGGACAAUGUGGGUGACAAUGAGGAUGAGGAUGUAGAUGAGAAUGCAUGGAAUGGGUCUCAGGCACAGGGGGAGGUGGAACAGAGCAAUUACAAGAAUAACUUCCUGAUAGAGCAGAAGUUUGCUGGCAUGCUGGCUAAGCUGGGAGUGCUACAGCUGGAAGAGCAGGCUCAGGAGCUUGAUUGUGGUACCUUGACAAACAAAGUCACCAACAACUGGACAGUGGAGAAUCUGCCCCAGAAGAUGUCCACAAGGAUGCAAUGUGUCAUGGGAUUGAUUGAGUGGUUCUGGAUUGGCAACCCCAAACCUGUUGCAUUGCUUGAGGAUGGUACACUAGAUAAAGCAAGGCUUAUGCAAGAACCUCUGGCCAGCAAGAAGCUGCAGAAGUUUCUCAUAUAUGUGGAAUUUCAGCAGCACCAAGUGCUCAUUGCAAAGAUGCUCACUCUCAAAGAAAAAGACUAUGUGACAUACAAUGGCUCUAUGGCUACCACCAAGUGUCAACGGUCUGUUGAGAAGUUUGCCAAUGACCCAUCAUGCCAAAUCAUGAUCAUCAGCAAUGUAGGCUCAGCUGGUCUCAACUUGGUGGAAGCCUCAGUUGUGAUCAUUGUAAGCAGUGUUUGGUCUGGGCUUGAGCUUGACCAAAUCAUGGGUUGCGUUGAUUGCCCUGGGCAGCUGCAAGAUGUAGCUGUAUACAACAUCAUGGCGCCAGAGGGAAUUGAUCUGGCCCUGAAUGUUUAUGCAGAUAGUAAGGCACAGCUCUCUAACCAUUUCCUGAGCUUGCAAAGAACCUUGCAAACUGUGUACUUGCAAAUUGCUCAGCCACACUCCAAUGAUCACAAUGAGCUUGACUUGGAGGAGAUCCCUGCAGUCCCUUCAACAAAGGGUACAAAACCAUCAACUUCCAAAGCUGGGCUGCGCAAGAGAAAAAGCCAAAAUGAACCACGCUCUUGA